AGUCAUAUCAGGCAACUGCCGAGGCUACCUUCGCAGAAUAGCUUUUUCACAGUGCUAUACCCAAAACUCGGAAGACUAGGUGAGCGACGUGAUUUCCUUUUAGUGUUGCGGGAUGUGCGUGGGUGCAUAGGUGUCAGCCGCAAGCCAACUGUGAGAUUUGUUGACACCUUAAGAUCGCCUGCAGAUGAACUGACAGCUAGGCGACAAUGCCACAAGCACUAAUAUCUGGGAAUAUAAUGUUCUUCUACGGCUUUUUUGUUGUGUUAGUAUCUGUGUUCUGUGUAGAAACUACCACACAUACAGACGCGUUGACGCCGUUAAACACCUCGCAAAAUGAAGAAAUGAUGGCGCCAAGCUCCUUGAUGACAUACCAAGCGACGGCUUCUUUAGAAAAGGUGAAUAUAUCACGCCUGCUGAUGUCUAUCACACCAGCCUCAGCUCGGGGAAGACAAAUUCCUUUAAACUUCUACAGGACAACAGAAUUGCAAGAAACAAUGAAUGAACACUCAUUCAAAAGAAGGCAGCCAGCCAUGGUUCGUUCAGCCACUUCACCAAAGCCAAUAAUUAAACAAAGAGUGGCAGCAGCUACUGCAGAAAAAGAGGCAACAAGCAAAUCAACAACAGUGUCGACGUCCCGAAAUUUCAGGAAGAUAAAUUUAGCAGAGUCAAGCGGAGCUGUUUCCACUUCAUUGUCAACGACACCAUUGUCAGCUAAUGGCGAGAGUUCGGCGACACCAAUAGCUAAUGGCGAGAGUUCGAAGUUUUUUAGUAACGUCCAGGCCGCGAUCAACCAGCUCAUGUCUACAUCAGGCAGAGAAGUGGUGCGGAAACUACAACAGGCCAAUAUAUCCACCGACUGCAGCUUGGGCUUGCUGCAAUUUACGCGAGCCAUCCAGGAUCUACAGCCCUGGGCGAUGAGACUAAUCGACGCUACUGGCAAGUACCCAACUGGCUCCCUUCAAGGUACUUUUGCCGAUCUGGGCGCUUACGACGAGUGCAUCGAGACCGUGGUGCGGGACGAGUAUGGCACAUUGAAAGUGCGCGGCCAGUACUGCGACGUCCACCUGUCAAUAUUAGACCAAGAAAUACUGGACCAAAUCGUGUUCCCUGCCAUUCUCAAUUACAACAAGAGGAUGGGAAGGUUUAUGUCCUUUCUGACAGAUAAGAGCCUGCCAGGAAUACGACUAGGUGUGUGCUUCAUCGAUGCUUGCAAAGAGCAAGACCUAGCCAACAUUGGCAGUAUUGUGGCAGGAUCCUUCAUGAAGAUUACUGUCAAAGACUGCGUCACAAAUGAGUAUGAAGAAAUAAACGUCGUUCAAGCUUGGAUUAUCGCUUUCCUGGCUGUUCUCUCAGCAGUUAUAACUUGCGGAACAAUCUUUGAACUAUUCACUGGAAACUGGGAAAAUGAACGCAAGAAUGCCCUUUACUACAAGUGCAUCACUGCCUUUUCUGUCGUGAGUAACAGUCAGCGAAUUCUGAAAGUCACGGAGAAUGGCGAUCCCGAUACACAGGACUACAGGUUUGUGCAUGGCCUUCGUUGCUUAAGCAUCUUCUGGAUAUGCCUCGGACAUUCCUAUUCCCAGACCAACGAAAACAGAACAAGGAUCUUUAAUGCUGUAAACAUUUUCGAAAGCUGGGAGUCACCUAUUAUGUCAGCAGGCUUCAUAGCUGUAGAUACAUUUUUCUUCAUAAGUGGAUAUGUCUUAUACCUUAAUCUCAACAAGCAGAAACGCAGCCGCGUCAUUGUGGCGGUCGUCGCCAUUCUAAGGCGGUUUCUCAGGUUCACCAUUCCAACGUUCUUUAUGAUCAUGUGUAUCUACCUGCUGCCACUGAUCGCAUCAGGACCCUACUCAAAAGAAUUCUACGACAGGUUCGACGCUGAAGUACGACAACAGUGGUGGCACUUGAUCGGACAAUUCUACAACUGGAGAAUGGAAAACUACGAAGUGCGCAUCAUGACACACUUGUGGUACCUCUCCGCUGAUUUCCAGCUCUUCAUCGUAGCAGUGGCUGUAAUACAGACAUUUCGAACAAAGAAUUGGGUCACUGUUUUCAUCUUCGUGGUGCUCUCGCUACUUUGUUGUGGGAUUGGUGCGUGGCACAUAUAUGGCACUAACCUGCUGCCAUUUGUUGCCACUUUGCAUAAGACCUACAGAGCCAUUAUUGACACAACAACGCAAUACUACACGCUUCCAUUCUACCAUGCCGUGUGCUUUUUCUCGGGAUGCAUUACCUUCAAUUUUGUUCAACAAUACGGCAAGACUAAAAUCUCGAAGUCUAUCCAGGCAUUCUUAUGGUGUAUUGCCUUAUGCUGUGGCCUUUGCUGCUUGUACAUGAAGCUCGACUGGAACCUCAAUGGAGGACAGGCAAGCGAAACUAAAAGGAUGUUCGCUGCGUUUUUCGACCGCGUUCUGUGGUCUGUCUGUAUCUCUUGGUUCUCGUUCGCCUGCACCACAGGUAGAGGAGGAUUUGUCAACCAGUUUCUUUCGUGGAAUGGAUUCGUGCCACUAGCACGGCUCUCCUUCGGCGUAUACCUCGUACACCUCCCUUUCUAUCAUCUAAUGUACCGUAUAGGCAGAGAACGCAGUUUCUAUUCUCACUUCACGCUGGUGUCAAACUGCUUCGUCGUCCUAGUUUGGAGCCACAUACUUAGCUUCAUCUUAUGUGUUACGUGCGAGCUUCCCACUAUGCAUCUGGAAAAGAUGGUGUUCAUGCGGUGGAUUAAGAAACAAGGAGCCAUGCAGGAACCGAAAGAGGAGCACCAUUUUGUGGGAGAAAGAGCAUGAAAUAUCCCUGUUGUAACUAUUUAUCAACACAAGUUGAAAUAUCGUAGAACUCAGUGACUUCAUGACUAAAUGCAACAUUUCGUGACAACAUGCUUGGAUUUGUUGAAAGUCAUGUUCCUUGUGGGUACUUGCCUAAAAAGAAAACGCAUAAAGCUUGCGUAAAAAGAAAACGCAUCACGCAGAAAUACGCAAACUUGUCAGGAAACUUGUCUGUUCUCGGAUCCUGCAAAAGUAUUGCUCUUGUGUUUGUACAACUUUCUAUGUUUUCUUUGUUUUUCUAUUUAGAAAAAUGUCCCCCCCCUCUUAUGUAAUGCCCCUAAGGGGCCCUUAAGGGUCAAAUAAAUGAUGAUGAUGAUGAAAGCUAGACGCGCUUAUAAAAUAUUUUCUGCUAAUUCUAGUUUGGUAAACCACAAUCACUUGGAUGAAAUAACUAUUUUAAUAAAGGUAACAAUGAAAUCUGCGAAAGAUUUUUUUUGUUAAAUUAGGCAAAGACAUAAAAGAAAACCCAAAGGCAUUAUUGAAGUAUGUAAAGCAGGACCAAAAAGAAGAUAUAUCUAUACCAGCCUUAACUGUCGACGGCAAAGCCAUGACGUCAGACUACCAGAGGGCAGAAUGUUUUAAUCAAUAUUUUCAAUCAGUUUUUCGCAUGAAACUGCCGAGCAGGUAUCGCUUCUAAACAAUGCCGCCCAGAGCAAUAUUAAGCCAGACAUUCAAAUUGAUGUUGGUGGCGUCGAUUCAUUAUUACGCCGCUUAGAUGCAACAAAAGCCAUUGGACCUGAUGGACUGUCCCGAGUAGUUCCCAAAGAGUGUCAUGACGUUAUUGCUCCAUAUUUAGGUAUCAUCUAUGAACUCUCCCUCGAAACUGGUCUUAUUCCCCAAGAUUGGAAGGCAGUAAACGUUACACCCGUUUUCAAAUCUGGGGAUAAAAAACUCAGAGAAAAUUACAGACCGAUCUCAUUAACGUUGGUAUGUUUCAAAAUAUUUGAACACAUUUUACAUACCAGUAUACUUAAAUUUAUUUAAAUUCCUUGAUUCAGACGCUUUCUCUACUCCCUCCCAGCACGGUUUUCGAAAAGGUUAUUCCUGUAAGACACAACUAAUAGAAUUUCAGCAUUUCCUAUCCAAAGCGAUUGAUAACAAUAGUCGUGUAGACGCGGUUUUUAUAGAUUUCCAAAAAGCAUUUGACACAGUGUCCCAUAAACUCUUGGAUGUAAGGCUUGCUGCAUUGGGCAUAAAUAAAAAGGUUCAAAAGCGGAUACGUAAUAAUUUGAAUGGUAGAACCCAGUCCGUUGUCUUAAAUAAUGUCAAAUCUUCGUCCAUAGCAGUAAAUUCGGGCGUUCCCAAAGGGAGCGUUUUAGGACCCUUACUGUUCCUAAUCUACAUAAACAACAUAGUUGAAAAAAUUACAUCACCCAUAAAAUUAUUUGCUGACGACUGCGUCAUAUACAGAGAAAUCACGACUGAAUCUGAUACUUGCGUUUUGCAAACUGACCUAGAUCACAUAGCGGACUGGUGUAAAGAAUGGAAAAGGAAUUUAAAAAUUAAAAAGUGUUGCAGUGUAAGCUUCUCAAGGAAAAUAUUCAAAUCAUUUCAUCAAUAUAACAUCUAUGGCGUACUUAUUAACACACACUGCGAUUAUAAGUAUCUCGGUGUUCAUUUUAAUGAAUUGUUUACAUGGAACAAACACAUUGACACGGCCAUAGCAAAAGGUAGAAGGAUGUUAUACUUUAUUCGAAGGAAUUUCAAACAGGCGACGCGCGAAAUCAAGGAAACUUUAUAUUUUUUGCAGGUCAAGUCCAUACUUGAUUAUGCAUGCGUAGUAUGGGACCCCCACCAAGACUAUCUUAUAAAUAAAAUAGAAAAACUUUAGAAUCAAGCGGCAAGGUUGUUUUAAAUAAUUAUAGCCCCUACGCCAGCGUUUCACAAAUGAAGGCUACUUUGGGAUGGGAUCUGCUACGUGUACGUAGACAGAAACUACAGCUUAAACUGUUGCACCAGAUAUAUUACUCUAACACAGGAAUGAAUCACCAUAGCUACCUUGUUCAACCCCCCUACACAUCCACUCGAUGUGACAAUAGCAAAAAGAUAUCUACCUUCAAAUGCAGAUCCAAUACUUUUUUCCACUCCUUCUUUCUAAAAACAAUAAGAGAGUAGAACAGCUUAAGUGAUGAUCUUGUUAAUAUAACAAAUAUUGAUUUAUUUUUUUAUGCUGUGAAAUUCUUCUUGCAUUAUGUAUGUUCUGUGUGUAUGAAAAUGUAUUUUGUGAUGCAUUAUUAUGUUUUGAUAAAUGUGGCGGUGGUUCUUUUUUAUUUUCAAUUUUUAUGUGCAUUAUGUAUUUUGCUACGAAUUCCUUUGUACUGACUGUUUUUUAUUCCCCCCCUACGUAAUGCCUAUAUGGCGAUGUAGGUACUCUGUAAAUAAAUAAAUAACUUUUUUUAAGAAAAACGCUGCCCUCGAAUAAAAGUAUCUUCAAUA